CUAAUGAAACUUGGAAAAAUGAAUGGAUAGAUGUUAUCAGACAUUGUAGAGGAGAAAGUAAUUGGAAACCAACAAAAUCCAGUGUCGUAUGCAGCAUUCAUUUUGAUAGCAAUGAUUUGUACAGUACUGAGACGGGGCGUCUGAGAGUAUCUAAUUUUGCAGUGCCAAAAAAGAUGUCACCAAAUGGAACAGGAUUUGCAAACGAUAAACAGACGACGUCAUCAUCAAGCAUGAUAACGUCCUCGUCACAGGUGCCUAUGCUCACAGAUCAAUUUAAUUUAUCUGAAUAUUGCCGACUUUGUGCCACUUCAGUAUGUGAUGGCACGUUGUUAAACGUUGAGACUGACAACGUUAUGAAAGAAUUAAUCAGGGAUAUGUCAAACAGGCUAAAUAUCAAUAUUGACUUCAGCCAAGAACACCUGCCAACAACCGUUUGCACUGUUUGCAUCAAAUCUUUGUGUGCAUCCUAUGAUUUCGUUGUUGGUAUUGACCUGGCACAGAUAAGUCUAAAUAAAAUGUCGGUGCAGAAACACAAUAAUUAUCAGAAGCAAGUAUAUUUGAAUCACGAUACCAACUUGGAUUUGUCUAAUACAUCUUUACAGCAGACAAGCAACGAAUCAGAAGCAUGUGAUUUAGAUCCUUGGUUGCAAAUAUCAAGCGAAACUACUUUUUCACUACAGCUUUUACCGAAGAUUAAAGAGUCGAAUAUUCCCUUGUUGCUUGAUUCACCCAGAAAACGUAGAUUGAAGGACACCCUUAAUAAAAAAAGACAGAUUAUUGAUCAACAAAAAAAGAAUAUAAAACGGUUGAACCAAAAAGAGCAGUGA